AUGCGUGGGGCUCGGCGGCAGCGGCGCAGGCCGCGGGAGCGCGACGUGGCGGCCUGGCUCUUCUUCCUCGCCUGCUGCCUCCUUGUGCUCGCCGUGUCCAGAGCAGAGGAGCCGCGCGCAUCGCCGGUGAGCGCGAGAGGAGGAGGAGGAGGGGAGGAGCAGCGGCUGAGCAGGGUAGGGUCGAGGCCGCCGUGCUGCGUGUGCGAGCAGAGGUGCGGCGGCUGCGCGCCGUGCACGGCCGUGCAGGUGCGCGCCGGAGUCCGGCCGCUGUGCGCCAACUACGAGCCCGUCAGGUGGAAGUGCAAGUGCGGCGACGCCGUCUUCGACCCAUGA